UACGUCUAGGCAUGUGGUUGGUUUGCCACACGGGCUUCAGCAAGAUGGCUGCAGUUCUUCGAGCAAAUCAGGAGUGCAGGCUGUAAGCCAGCGGUCCACAUCACUACAGCAGCGCUUAUUCCGUCUGCGUGAGUGUGUGAGUGUGUGUGAGCCGCCGCCAGUGGACCGAGCGGGUCACUUCUGACAAGCUUGGUGAUCUGUUUAAACUGGGACGGGGAUUUGAUGCUACAGCCGUUGCGGGUGAGAUGGUGAGAGGGGGGAGGGAGUGAGGCCAUGGGCUGCACCUCGGCUAAGCAGGUGUCUGCUGUGCCCAACGAUGAAGAGGGCCGGGGCAAAGCCUACAGCAACGGAGACCUCUUCACUGAUGAAUAUAAGAUGAAGGGAGUGGAGGAGGUGAAGUACAUGCGUGGAGAAGAAGACAGAGUAAACGCACGCAACCAGGAGAACCUGGAGAAGAGCUCAACGCAGCACAGGACCAAACAGCACAAAGAGGUGCCUGGGCCCAGCGCCAACAAGACAAACAUACAUACGUCAGAGAGUCAGCAGGAGUUCUUCAGAAUGCUGGAUGAGAAGAUUGAGAAGGGGCAGGACUACUGCUCAGAGGAGGAGGAUGAUGUGACAUAGCAGAGAGGCGCCAGAUCUUGCCAGAGAUGGAAAUAGAGAGAGAGUGUGAACUCAAAAAAAUCAGUGUUUCCUAUGUCUGUAACACUCUGUCAGUCUGAGAGUGAGUGUGCGUGCGAGUGCGUGAGAGCGUGUGAGAGUGAGAGUGAGAGAGAAUGCAGGACUUUUCCUCAUAGGCUGUGGCACCCUUGACCCCUUCUCCUCUCUUGGGGUUGCCUUGCUUGGAGAUCUAGAUGGUUUUGGGUGAAGAAAGAACAGCUUGAUUGAUGUAUUAUCAACACAGACUCACUCUGACGUGAAAUGAGGACCCCCGUCCCCCUCCGCUCCUCUCCUCCUACGGCCAGCAUUGGAACGGCCCCCUUCCGCCGCCUGGCUGUAACGAAGCCAUCUGAGAGAGAGAAAGAGAGAUUAUGUCGAGGAAAGCGAGAUGAAAAGAUAUGGAGAGAAAAAAGAUGACAUGCCCCUCCCAGUCCUUGUUUUAAGUGGCAGGCCAGAGAAAAAACUGACAUAUGGAGGAACCAGAAGAGAGCUUACAAACAUCCUCUGGAGAUAACGGGGAGUGAAUGUAAAGAUGGAGUGUUGUGGGUUUUUGGGGGGAGAAAUGAUUGAACGAGAGAUAUUUUAUUAAGAGCGACUAUAUGAACGAACUGGCUGAUUAUUUUGAUAUUUUGAUAAGAGCGUUGUGGCAAGUUUUUGAACAUUUGAGUCUGGACUCCUGCCUUUUGAAGGACCUUUUUUAAUUUGUCGAGAUUGAUUUGUUUGUUCCAUAAAUGUGUUUUUAUUUGGUUUCUUUUUUGCUUAUUGCAUAGAUCAUACCUCUUCAAGCUUGUGCUGUAAAGGUCAGGGCUGUACGGUGACCCCAUAACACACUCGCUCACACACACACACACACACACACACACACACACACACACACACACACACAGAGAAAGCUAAAAUUAUCACCACACCCUCUUUCCACACACACAGGUUCACACUUUCAUUUUGUAUAUCCUGCUAUUAUUUGUAAAGGUUUUUGAAAAUAGACGGAAAUACUGUCAGACCAGUUACCCCCACACACAUCCAAAUAUAUCCCUUACAGCCACCCGCAAACUGGCAGCAUUUCACUUAAAGAUCUGUAUUGACUGUGUAUGCUGCCCUUUAAUACAGGUAAUGGACUGUGAAGAGACUAUGGCAGAGAACUGGGGUUGUCUGUGUUGUUUUGUGUGUUUCGAGGGCUGUAUUUGUGUUGAUCUGUGUCAGAGAACCAGCUCUUACUGUGGUAAUUGUUGUCAAAGGGAUGAGGUGUUUGUCUUAGGCCUGUAUGUGUUUAGCUAGUGUUUACCUCUGUUUCUCACCCUGCGUUUCUUACUCAAAAGUAUUCAGUCGUGUUGGUAAAAUGAAUUCUCGUUGUCUCUUACAAUCCAUAGACAUAUUCUAGACAGUAUGAGGUGGGGUGGGGUGGGGUCACUUUGGGGGACACAGCGCUGGCCAAGCAUCUGUCACUAUGAUUACUGGAUUGAUUCCUUUUUAAUUUUUAUUUUCAAUGUUUUCUUUUUCUAUUAAAAUAUAAGACACAGGAGCUGUGGUUUCUGUGUGCUGUCUCACCGAUUAAUUUGUUGGUGUGUGUGUGUGCAGGUACGCACUGCUUUGCUGACAUCAUUAAUCCAUUACAGCGUCAUGUUUCCUGUUGGUGGUCUGACUCAUAACGUUAAAAAUACUUAAUGGUUUCUGGUGUUGAAUUUCAAAUGCAGAAAUGUGCAGAUUACAUUUCCACCAUGGGUUAAUAUUAUCAAACCGAACAAAUGUUUAACUAUAAUGUUAAAAUAGCUGUCCAGCACGUCUUUUUGGAGAAUCCACACAGAGACGAGACAUUAGAUAUUGACAGACCAAAGCGAAGCAUAUGUGCGUUUUAAUUUCACAUACUACUUGUGGUUUGUCUCCACCUGCAGGUUGAAGAGUGGAGCUGAACUAUGCUAGAAAUGUAUCAAAUGGUAUAUUAGAUUAAAUGUAUAUAAUUGUAUAAAAUGAACGUGUAUGUUUUAGAUUUCAUGACUGUUCACUAUUUAAGCUUUUCAGUCCUUUGCAUCUCACCUUUCAUUUGACUUGAUAUUGGACAUUUCAUGCUAUUUAGGAUAUUCUGACACAUUACUGUUUCCAGUGGUUAAACUCCUUAAUAUGCUCCUUCCACAGCUUUAAUUCACUUGAUGCUUAUAGAGUCUGUGUUUAUUCAUGCUAAAAUCUCUCGUGCAGCACAACUGAAAAAAAUGGACAUGCAGAAAGUGCCACAAACAAUACAUUAAUAGUUAAGAGGUAAAAUUAAUCCGUUCCUAUAAUUCUAAAACUUUCUAAAGAGAUUGAGGUUCAAAAAAAUGGAUUAUGUGAGCUACAGCCAAUAAUCAGUGUUUAAGGUUUAUAUUCAUGUAUAUGUAAACUUGGUUAAUAUGUAAUAUGUUUUUUGUGUAUUAUAUAUUUAUAAUAUAUUUAUAUAGCAUAUUAUUAAAAGUUAGGGGUCAGCAAGA